AUGGAGUGUAAUGGCUUGACCAAAUGUCAGCUUGAUUUAAAUCCACAAUAUUUACAUAUAUGCAGUCAAUAUAGUGAUUACAUGGUACUUGACUAUUCAUGUUUACAAGGUCAAAGUUUAUCGGUAUGUGACAAUCAUGUCACUCUUACGACACCGCUUGACCUGCAGCAUCGUGUAUUCAUUCGAAGUUCGAACUAUCCGAAUGAAUAUGAAAAUUCGCUCAAUUGUUCGUGUGAAAUUAAAACGAAAAAAUCGACAUUGGAAUACCUGGACUUUGCACUCGAAGAACGUGAUGAAAUGAAUGUAUGUUCACGCGAUUAUUUACAAAUUGAUAAUCAAUCUUACUGCGAUACGAUCGCUGAGAAUAAAAUCACUCUGCACCCGUUAACAUCGCUCAUAUUCAAAACAAACGAUGUAAUUACGAGAAAAGGAUUUUGGCUAAUGAUUCAAAGCGAUGAUUCGAUUCAAGUAUCAUGUCGAAAUUCCUUUGAAUCACCUUUUCCGACAACGUCACCGUCAACAACAGUGCCUUCCGUGUCAUUCUUGUCAAGUUCGUUGACUAUGAUUACAAAUUCUACACAUUUACAAUCACAGCGUCCUUCCACUCUUUCGAUGAUUCUUCUUUUAACCAUUAUUUUUGUCAUUGUACUCCUUGUUUUGAACCUUCUGCUGAUUGUUCUCUGCUGGAAACAAAAACAAUCGAAACAGAGAAUCAAUUCAAAAAUCAAUCACUCACAUCGACCAUUUUCAUGUUCGAAACGUUUAUCCUCCUCCUCAUCAUCGUCUAUAACUUACGGCGAAACACCAGUAUUAACUUCACUCGAUACACAAAAGCGUCAAACAACAUCAACAACAACAACCGCAACCGGUACUUACGAAGAUCCAAACGAAUUGCUCAUUAUGCAACAACAGCAACAUCAUAUUCACAACCACCCACUUUAUCUACAACAUCGUUCAGAACCGAAAACAUUUUGUCCGAUUGUUCUUCCAACAUGUUCGACAAAUGCUGGUUAUAAUCCAAUGAUCCAUUGCCAUCAAACUGUUUAUCCACACUAUUCACUCGAUUCUCAACAUAUCUAUGAAACGAUUCAAGAUGGUUAUUGUGCCUAUCAACGAUUAGCGGCCACACUCCGUCGCCAACAACAGCAGCAGCAACAAUGUACAUGUACUUGUCCAUAUAUUGAACAAAACUUUUCGAUACAAACUGAGAAAUUCGAUGUAGAGAAAAAGAUUGAAUCAAACCCUGAAACACUAGUCUGA